AUGCCGGAGGAACUGCGAGCUGCUUCCUUGUUUCAACGAGUGUCGCCCAGUGUUCUGACGGUGGGCGAGAAGCGUUCUUCCCCAUCUGCGGCUCCUCAAGGGCCAACAGGGACAGGCUUCGUUUGGGAUGCGAGCCAUGUGGUCACCAACUUCCACGUGGUAGGUGAGUUGAAAGAUCCGCACGUCACCUUCCUGCGGAAGGUUGGACGAAGUCGGCUGACGGGAUCUGAGAUCAACCCUGAUUCCCUGUGCAGGGAGAAGCAGGUGAUGAACAUGUGA